AUGUCUGCAGAUCUACAAUUCCGGCUGCAAGACCUCCCGGCGAUCCAAUUAUCGUCUCUUACACUCAAGCUUCCACCACCGCAACAGGAAUCGUCAGAGGAAUCAUGCAGAACUCAAUCGGAACAAGUUGAGGAAUGUGUAACCCCGACGUCGCCGGAGCAUAGGAUUCCUGAAAUCCUCAGCUGUCCUCCGCCGCCUAAAAAACAGAGACACUCUGCUCCUUCCUGUAAGAGAAGGCUAUGUGAGUUUCAGUUCUUCGAGGUCGUCGCGAGAGAAGAGAUUGAUUCCUUUUUCAAGUCUAGCUAUGAAUUCAUCAACCAAGAGUCGUCGAAAAAAAGGAGGCGUCCUCUAUAA